AUGUCGGCAUUUCCUCUGAGAGGAUUCGGCGCCCGCGUCGCCUCUGCAGAGUUGUUCACCUGCCGACAAUGUCUUCGGCAGCGCAAUCAAAUGACGAGGCCCUUUAGUAGCCGAACUAUCCCGCGAACGCCAUCUCAGAAAUCACCUCGUGUCGGUUCCUAUCUCGGUGCUUUACGGAAGAAUUUCAAAGCCUUUACGAUUACUCGCUCGGCUUCCUUGUCUACGGCCACCGUAGCACAACAGGCUCUAGAGCAAGGGGCCACGGCUACAAAAUCUCACUUUCCGGAUGUGAGUAGCAAGGCUGUCGCAUACUGGCUUUUGGGGAGCGCUGCGAGCGUUUUUGGGAUUGUCAUCUUUGGAGGAUUGACAAGGUUGACUGAGUCCGGUCUGAGUAUCACAGAAUGGAGACCUGUAACUGGCUCAUUGCCGCCGAUGAACAACGAUGAUUGGGAGGCAGAGUUUGCGAAAUACAAAAACUCCCCCGAAUACAAAAUUCUAAAUCCGAACAUGAACCUCUCCGAAUUCAAAUCAAUCUACUACAUGGAAUGGAUCCAUCGACUCUGGGGUAGAUUUGUAGGAUUGUCCUUCGUUAUCCCCGCCGUCUACUUUGUCGCUAGAAGAAAGGUCUCCAAACCAAUGGCUUUGCGUUUGGCUGGUAUUUCAGGUCUUAUUGGGUUCCAGGGUGUCAUUGGAUGGUGGAUGGUGAAGUCUGGCUUGAAGGAUGAUCUUUUUGCUCCUGGCAGUCAUCCUAGAGUCAGUCAGUAUCGUCUGACUGCCCAUUUAGCUGCUGCUUUUACCUGUUAUGUCGCCAUGCUCUGGAAUGGUCUUGCUAUUCUACGAUCUCACAGACUUCUCAAAGACCCACAGGCCGGUACUGAAUCACUGAAUGCUCUGCGAAACCCCAAGCUUGCAGUAUUCCGUCGCUCGGUUGCCGGGUUGGCUCUCUUGGUGUUCACUACAGCAAUGUCCGGAGGCCUCGUCGCUGGUCUCGAUGCCGGUCUGAUCUACAACGAAUUUCCGUACAUGGGCAACGGGUUGACACCGCCCAAGGCCGAACUGUUUGACGAAAAGUACUCGCGUCACUCAGAUCGAUCCGAUCUAUGGUGGAGAAACAUGCUCGAGAACCCAUCCCUAGUCCAACUCGACCACCGUGCUCUCGCCAUGACCACAUUCUCCGCCGUCAUGGCUCUAUGGGCAUACUCCAAAUCCUCAUCCAUGAAAAAACUACUACCUCGCAGCGCUCAAAAGGGUGUUCAUGGUGUCGUCGCUUUCACGUUUGUGCAGGUGACCCUUGGUAUCUCGACUCUACUAUAUCUUGUCCCCACGCAUCUUGCAUCGACUCACCAGGCUGGAAGUUUGUUCCUGUUGACUUGGGUUCUUGUGCUCGGCAGUAGGAUCUGGCAUCCUUCGAGGACGGCUAAGUUGUUGCAGAUGGCUGCAAAGGCUAGAGGUCAGCCGGUAGCUGCGUCUACGGCUAAUGCGGUGAAUGCAUUGAAGAAGUAG